ACAAAGUUAAAACAUCCCAUUUUUAUAGAAAUUUAUUCAUUUUUUCCUGAAUCAAUACUUUUACUCUCUGCAACUGAUCUCAAAAAGCGUUUAAUUUAAGGUUUUAUCAUUCAUCACGUGAAAACUUGAGAAUCAAAUCAGAAAUUCCUCACAAGAGAAUGAAUUAACUUUUUUAUUUACAAAAAAAAAUCGAUUCUCUGUGGAAACAAAGAAACAUCAAUCCGUUCCAGUCUGGCUUGACUAACUGAUAAGAACAACGUAGAUUUAUUUUGAGUGAGUCAUGAGUGCAUCAGCUGAGGAGGAUAGUCCUCGUGCCAAUAAACCCUUAUUGGGAAAAUAUCGCACGACAGACGACGAUCCCGAUUCCGAUACUUUGUGUGUGCAUUCCAUCAACAAUCCGCGCGUUGAUGUCGUUGGCGUUUCAACGUUACGCCUGCAAAAUGCGCCCGAAGACACGUACAACUUCAACUACAUCGUGUUCUACUUUCUCGGCAUGACUUCAAUCCUUCCGUGGAAUUUCAUCAUGAUGGCGGAGGAAUAUUGGCUCUUCAAGUUUCGCAAUGUAACGGGCAACGGAACAGAAUUAACGCCACGUCAGAUGGAAAUGCAAGCAGAUCUGAGUAUGAGUUCGGCAAUUCCGAGUACGACAUUUCUCAUAAUUAACGCGAUGAUUGGUUACAAGGUGCCUUUGAACCGUCGAAUGAUCGGAUCUUACGUCUUAAUGACAAUUCUGAUGAUUGUAACGACAAUUUUUGUAACUGUCGAUACCGAUAAAUGGCAAGACGAGUUUUUCUUUGUCACAAUUGCGACAGUUAUUGUCAUUAAUUCGGCAAGUGCGAUCGCAAGUGGUUCACUUUUCGGUAUUGCGGGACAAUUUCCGUCGGAAUACAUGACAGCUGUUGUUUCGGGGCAAGCGUUGGGCGGGAUUUUUGCUGCUUUAGCGGAAAUUAUUAUCAUUACGUUCCAUCCGCCGCCAGAUACGAGUGCAUUUAUCUACUUCAUCAUUGGAUCUGUGGCACUUUUUGUCUCGAUUUUCCUCUAUAUGAUUAUGCAACGAACUUUUUGCUUCAAAUAUUUCAUUUUGCAUCAACAAAUGGCACGAACGAAUUCGAGUAGAGAUUUAUUGACAGCAGCAGCAAGCACGGAAAUUCAACAGCCUUCGUUCAAAACAGUAAUGGAUAAAAUUUGGGUGUAUGGAUUCUCGGAAUGGCUCGUUUUUGUUACAACUCUCGCUAUUUAUCCGUCAGUAACAGUAUUGGUUAAUUCUGAAAAUAAGGGAAAUGGUCAUAUGUGGAAUGACAUUUACUUCGUUCCCGUUGUCAACUACCUGCUCUUCAACUCCGGCGACUACUUGGGCAGAAUUUUCGCCGGUCUCUUCGAGAAACCAGCAAAUAAGCCAUUUGUCGUUGCAUUUCUCACCAUCGCUCGCAUCCUCUUCAUCCCGUUACUCGCUCUCUGCAACACAAAACCACGCCAUUCGUUGCCCGUUUUAUUCCAUUCUGACAGUAUUUUUAUCUUUCUGAUGUCAGCGUUGGCAUUGUCGAACGGAUAUUUCGCCAACAUUGCCAUGAUUUGCGCCCCGAAAUGCGUGCGGGAACACGAACGUGAAAUGGCGUCGUCGAUCAUGGCAGCCUUCCUUGGAAUUGGCCUCGCAUGUGGCUCGAUGAUUAGUUUCCUCUUAGUCGAAUUGAUCUAAAAAUCUAAAAAAAAAACUAAAAAAAAGAGACCAAACAUGUUAUUUACAAUCAUAUCUGAAUGUUGUCUGGAGAUUAUAUUUUAUGUGGAAAAAUAUAUAAAUUAUAGAUAGAAAAAUUGUUGAAACAAACGCUCGAAUGAGAAUAUCUACUAGAAACCUAAUAAACACUAUUCAUUGUGAUAUUUAUUAAACAGAAAGAGUAAAUAUUAAAAUUCACUUUAAAUCCUUCGAUUUUUUUUUAUUGUUACAUAAAAUCGAAGAAAUGCAAUAACCAUCAACAAAUAAAAGACUAAAUGGUGCAAAAGUGACAAUUUUUUGUCAUUUAAUUUUUUUUUAGUUUAAAUUUAAUGAAAUAAUUUUACUUAAAUAGUUACAGUCCAGAAAGGUGCAGCCUUGGAAAAAUUUUUAAUGUACAAAAAAAAGAUUUUUGCUUCAUCUGGAAAAGUACUGAAUAAAAAAAUAGAAACAAAUUUUUUAGGUUACUUUUUUGAUUUAUAAUUGAUAUUUUAGUCUUUAAUGUACAAAAAAAAAUAUUAUGAAAAUAUACAAAAUAUUAUAAUAUAUGAUGUAUAAAUGAACAAUACAAUAAAUAAAGGAAAAUGUAUAAAAUGUGUAA